UUAGGCAGUUUGAGUCGUGCAUUGAUCGGGGCUGGUAUAUUGUGAACGUUCGCAUGGUUGUAACAUUGUUUGCAUAUCUUUUGCAUAUGUUGUACAAGAAAAGACUUUGGUCACAAUACGACGAUUCCGACAACAGCUACCGGAAAUGGCUGGUGGAGAUUACACUAUGAAUCAGAGCGAAGCUAAUGGUAAAGUACCAGCUCAGGUGACCACAUCAACGGGUACUCCAGAGAAAGCGGCGUGGGGCCGUCCGCUUGAAUUCAUCCUAGCGUGCCUAGGAUAUGCAGUCGGUUUAGGCAACGUCUGGCGUUUUCCUUACCUUGCAUACAGAAAUGGCGGAGGUGCAUUCUUAAUUCCGUUCUUGUUGAUGAUGAUCCUGAUUGGUCUACCAUUGUUUUUCUUGGAAUUAUACAUUGGACAAUAUACAAGUUUGGGGCCUUUGAAAGCGUUUGAGGCAAUCGCGCCUUUCUUCAGUGGGCUCGGUUACUGCACAUUGGUGGUGAUCAGUUUGAUCAGUAUUUACUAUAUGAUCAUUGUAGCUUGGACACUGUUCUACACGAUUGUAUCAAUAGCCGGCAAUCUAGAUUGGGGAUCAUGUGAGAAUGAAUUCAACACAGAUUUUUGUUACAGUGGUUUUUACGAUGCUCAAUGCAGGGUUAACAAUACAGGAGAUUCAACAGAUCUUACUUAUUAUUUAAGGCGUUGUAUAAGCAUUGGAGAGAUUUGUAUGAGCACAGGUUUCGAGCCUUACGAUGGUAGAUAUUGUUUAAAUGGCACCGAAACAAUACCUUGGUACAGUAAUGUGAAAAGAACUAUCGCAGCUGAGGAAUAUUAUACACAGCGUGUGUUGGGCCGCGGCGACGCUACUUGGGAAAACUGGGGAACGAUUCAGUGGCAUCUUGUCGGAUGUCUUGCCCUUGCUUGGUUUGUCGCAUUUCUCUGUGUUAUUAAAGGUGUACAGUCAGCGGGUAAAGUGGUUUACUUCACGGCGUUAUUCCCUUACGUAAUGUUAACAGCCCUCCUUAUUAGAGGAGUGACAUUGGAAGGAGCAAGAGAUGGAAUUGUGUUCUAUUUGACACCGGAUUGGAGCACACUUCUAGACGCAAGAGUAUGGGGAGAUGCUGCUUCACAGAUCUUCUAUUCUUUUGGCGUGGCGUGUGGAUCUCUAAUUACCUUGGCAUCAUACAAUGGCUUCUACAAUAACUGUCAUUUUGACACAGUGUUCGUCUGUUUUGCAAAUUUCUUGACUUCUGUGUACGCGGGUUUCGCUAUAUUUUCUGUACUCGGAUUUCAAGCUGAAUUGAUGGGAGUCCAAAUAGAUGAUGUAGCAGAGCAAGGACCUGGUCUAGCAUUUGUUGCGUAUCCAGAAGCGUUGCUGCAAAUGCCCAUACCGCAGUUGUGGUCGAUAUUGUUCUUCCUAAUGCUGUUUAUACUCGGCCUUGGUAGUCAGUUCGCCGGUAUAGAGGCAAUCAACACUGCGAUUGUGGAUCAGUGGCCACAGUUCAGAAAGCGAUAUUGGAUGGUUACAGCAACCACGUGCUUUUGUUGCUUCAUCCUUGGCAUCCCAAUGUGCUUCAGCGGCGGUGUCUAUCUGUUUACAUUGCUAGAGUGGAACACCGCCUCCUGGGCUAUCCUGCUCAUAGGCUUGGCUGAGAGCGCAGCAGUAGCUUGGUCUUACGGCAUCAAACGAGCUAUGAAUGAUUUAGCGGCCAUGAACAUGAAACUUAACGCAGUCCUCAGAUUCUAUUGGACAACCACCUGGGCCGUUACCUUGCCAGUAGCAAGUAUUGCGGUGGUUGCUUUUAUAUUCUCCGAUUGGAAGGCGCCAAGCUACGCUGAUUAUGAGUUUCCAUUGUUCGCUGACAUCCUCGGUUGGAUCACGGCUACAUCGACGAUAAUAUUAUUCCCUGUGGGUGUCGGAUGGGCAUUCUAUAAAGGAUAUAGAGGCAAGCAGUUAUUUACUCCAACAGAAGAUUGGAAGCCAUCUUCAAGGUCACUCUGCAACCCGCCAAAUGAUACAUCGACUGACACAAAUCAAACAGAUUACGACAAUGUGGGGUAUAUAUAAACCGCAUACAUCUAAACAGAUAAAUGAAAUUGAAGUGUAUGUAAUCAGAAUAAAAAAACUAUAUGUGAUGCACAUUUAUAUUUAUGUUACUUAUAACAAAAAACAAUUUUUAUUUCUUCUGUCUGUCCGCGAGUUUCCUCCGUUUAAUCUCAGAAAUGCCAGGACCGAAUGUUCCGAGCCUUAAUGGAAAGUAGCUGAUGUGUACGAGAGUUAAAUUGGCUUAAUUAAUUUUAGUAAAGUAAUCAAUAUUUUGCAAAAUAUUGACGCGACGCUGGACCGAUAACGUCGCUCGCGCGAGCUCGCCUGGCUCGAUGUAGUGCACAAUAGUUUUAUUCCGAGGUGCAUUUUUAUAAAAUUUAAGAACAAUGGCAUAUUUUAAUAUUAAAUGCCACGCGGACGAUGUCGUCCUUUAUUAUUUCGAUACCACCUUGACUCAUAUUUCGACUUUAUAGAUAGGUACUAACAUUAUUGUCUCGUGAAAACAGAAGAAAACAAAGUGUGCAUAUUAACAAGUGUUUCUGUUAAUAGUUUUUUUCCAUUGGGCCGAUUGAAUGCAUAGAAUAGCCGAUUGAUCCAACGGCCGAUCAACCCAACGGAAAGUUACCAUAAUAUUAUCAUGGGUGGAUGGAUGAACGAUGUUUUGAAUAAGUUCGUAUGUUCAUAAGUUGCUUUUAUGACCUGUUAUUUAUAUAUUACUA